GAAGCGCGCGCGGAGUCCUGCGGCGCCGAGCUUCUGCCGGGGCCCGCGAACCCGAGAGGCGCCAUGGGCCGGAUCACAGAAGAUCUAAUUAGACGGAACUCCGAGCACAAUGACUGCUUCAUUUUUUCCCUGGAGGAACUCUCCUUGCAUCAGCAAGAAAUCGAAAGACUAGAACAUAUUGACAAAUGGUGCCGGGAUUUAAAAAUCCUCUAUCUGCAAAACAAUCUCAUUGGAAGAAUUGAAAAUGUUAGCAAACUCAAGAAACUUGAAUAUUUGAACUUAGCUUUAAACAACAUUGAGAAAAUUGAAAAUUUGGAAGGAUGUGAAAGGCUGACAAAACUCGACUUGACCGUAAAUUUCAUUGGAGAGCUGAGCAGCGUUAAAACCCUUCAGCACAAUAUCCACCUGAAGGAGCUCUUUCUCAUGGGUAACCCGUGUGCUGACUUUGACGGCUACAGGCAGUUCGUGGUGGCAACUCUACAACAGUUAAAGUGGUUGGAUGGUAAAGAAAUAGAGCGUUCAGAAAGGAUUCAGGCCUUGCAGAACUUUCCAGUAAUUAAACAACAAGUUAGAGAGCAGGAGGAAGCUUACUGCCUCAAACGGGCCCAAGACAAGGAAGAGGCUCAGAGGAAACUUCGAGAAGAGGAAGAAAACGAGGCCAAGGAGAGAAGCCACUCAGGCUUCGAGGGACUGAGCCCGUUUUCAGUAGAGAGUGAGGGUCACGUCCAGGCACCGGAAGGGCAAGAAGGAGGAUACAACCAAAAAAACUUCAAGGACAACGAGGAUGACCUGGCAUUCUGGAACAAGCCUUCUUUGUUCACUCCUGAAUCUAGAUUGGAAACACUUAGGCACAUGGAAAAACAACGGAAAGACCAAGAAAAAUUAAGUGGAAAGAAGAAGAAAGUGAAACUGCCCAGGGUUUUGAUCACUGAAGAUGGAAAAGCCUUGAAUGUGAAUGAACCCAAGUACGUGAGGCCAAAGAGAGGCCUGAAUAAGUCACACGCGUGGGGCUAUCCUUGCGAUGGUUUCCAUUACAGACUUGACUUCUCCUUGAAAGAUGAUGAAAAACAUAACGAGAUCAUCCUGGACCUUGCUGUCUAUAGGUAUAUGGACACCUCUUUAAUUGAUGUGGAUGUGCAGCCAACAUAUGUGCGGGUCAUGGUCAAAGGGAAGCCAUUUCAGCUUGUCCUUCCUGCCGAAGUCAGGCCUGACAGCAGCUCGGCUAAGCGAUCUCAGACCACAGGGCAUCUGGUGAUCUGCAUGCCCAAGGUAGACGAAGUCAUCGCAGGCUGGCGACAAACCUCAGGGUCUGGGACGAGUCCCUCGGACAGCAGCAGAGAGCGCACAAACCAAAGAAGCAAGCGAAUUGAGAAAUUAGAAGUAGAUCCUGGCAAGCAUUCCUUCCCGGACAUGGCUCACAUAGUUCAGGAGAAAACACCCACGCCCCAAAGAGUUCGAUCUGAACCCAAAAUUAUACCAAGUGGGGAAGAUCCAGACUUUGAAGAUAACCCUGAAGUGCCUCCGUUGAUCUGAAACAUCACGUUGCGUUGACGGACCCACCAGACCCCAUUUCCCUCGGUGCAGAGUGUGUGGUGCGCCAUGUUUGGGGUAAACACAGAGUUAUCUGUCAGCUUUACUACGCCAGUGUUCUACUUUACACAGUAAUAUUCUUACACCAGUUUAAAGUUCAAAUGUAUACCUUACAAGGCUGCAACUCAUUUGUCUAUAAUAAAAUGUUGGCUUGUGCAAACGUGCGGUAAAUCA